CUGCAGUGGCCGAGGACUCAGACAACCCUAACCAGGGCUCUGGAGGUUUUCCUGGAAGAGGGGACCCCAAAUAGGGACACCCCAGAGCAGAGGGGAGGGGAACAGCGAGAAGAGACCCAGCCCUUGGGCCCAGUUCUGCCAUGGCCAGCCAUCCGGCCCCCAGGGCCCUGCGUGGGAUGAGGUUGCAGACCACCUCUCAGAGGACCUCUGUACCAACCAUCCCCUGGGCUGCAGCACUCCCAGUAGACCAGGAGCUCCAGAAGGCAGGGCCGGCCCCACGUCCUCUGUGCACCACCCUGAGUUGGAUCCUCUGUGCGCCACCCCUGAGUUGGAUCCAGGGCUAGCUGCUGUUCUCCUCCCCACUCCCACGCUGCCCUCCUGCCUGCAGCCAUGACGCCCCUGCUCACCCUGUUUCUGGUGGUCCUCAUGGGCUUACCUCUGGCCCCAGUCCACGCCUUGGACUGCCAUGUGUGUGCCUACAACGGAGACAACUGCUUCAACCCCAUGCGCUGCCCGGCUAUGGUUGCCUACUGCAUGACUACGCGCACCUACUACACCCCCACCAGGAUGAAGGUCAGCAAGUCCUGCGUGCCCAGCUGCUUCGAGACUGUGUAUGAUGGCUACUCCAAGCAUGCGUCCACCACCUCCUGUUGCCAGUAUGACCUCUGCAACGGCGCCGGCCUUGCCAUCCCAGCCACCCUCGCCCUGGCCCCCGUCCUCCUGGCCACCCUCUGGGGUCUGCUCUAAAGCCCCUGAGGCAGACCCACUCAAGAACAAAGCUCUCGAGACACA